GCAUGCGCACUAUCUUCCUCUUCCCCAGUAGCAAGAGAAGAUGGCGGAUCUAGACUUUGAAUCUCCCCAGCAUACGGAGAGCGAUCCAGCUGCUGAUUUCUUGCAGAGGGAGCAGGGAGCCCUAGCAGAAUUAGGAGAUGACGAUUUAACGUUUGCUGGAGGAGCAGCCCCCACGGCUGGCGAUGCUUUUGGGGCAUCCGAACAGGCUGAAGAGGAGCCUCAGUCAAAUGAUCUUUAUUCAGCAAUCCAGAGUGCUGACGUGUUUGCGACUGAGCCCGAAGCAGUUAGGAAAUGGCGUGCCGACCAGGAGCAGCUUUUGGCCGAGAAGGACCGCCAAGCAGAAGAAGAGCGCCAAUCUUUGCUAGACCAGGCAAAACAAGAUCUUGCCGACUGGGAAGCACGGCAAGAUGAACAGCUGGACAAGACGAAAUCUGAUAAUCGUUCUGCAGAGGAAGCAUUUAUUCGUGAACGUGACGAGGACACGCCUGGUUCUGAAUGGGAACGGGUAGCGCGUUUCGUCGACUUCAACCCGAAAAACAGCAAGAACACCAAGGAUGUUGCGCGUAUGCGUAGUAUUCUCCUUCACUUAAAACAGACCCCAUUGGUACGGUGAGAUGACCGUAGCCAACGGCAUGAUCUUUCUAUUAUUUGCAGGUUUGAAAUCGGCAGCACUGCUACUGCCACUUUCCUAGGAAUUUUGAAGCACUCAACCCAGGUUCCCAGCUGGCCCAAAUGCUAAUAGCCCGUAACUUUUCUGCUUUUUUCUGUGAUCACUGGUUAUUCUUGUAUGUUGUUUUUUAUAGAUUCUGCAUUAUUUUUGUUGAACAUAUUUCUACCACUGGCACUCACCAAGCUACUGCAGUGAUAAAAUAAUUAUUGUUCUUGCUUGGUGCAGUGCUUUCAUGCCCCCUUCCCGUUACUCCGUAUUGAAUUGUUGAUUAUGUGAUGCGGUUGGAUUUUAAAGCCGCAUAUAAUGGCCUGUAUAAAAGAGCAAAUAUGUCCACACUCCA